UUCCCGUCGUCACAUCAGCCUGACGAAAACAGUUGGGCUCUUUUCCACAAAAAAAUAAAAAUAAAAAAUUCCCAGAGAGUCCGACUCGGUCUCUCUCCACUGCGACUCCUUCCCUGCGCUCAGUUCGUCUGCGAUCCCGUGAGAUCUUGAGAAGAAAAAGGAGUUAGAGCAUCAAAAUGAAGGCACUUAUUCUUGUCGGAGGUUUUGGAACUCGCUUGAGGCCAUUGACUCUCAGUUUCCCGAAGCCACUUGUUGACUUUGCCAACAAACCCAUGAUCCUUCAUCAGAUAGAGGCUCUCAAGGCGAUUGGAGUUGAUGAAGUGGUUUUGGCCAUUAAUUACCAGCCAGAGGUCAUGCUGAGCUUCUUGAAAGACUUUGAGACAGAGCUCGGGAUCAAGAUCACUUGCUCACAAGAGACUGAGCCACUUGGUACUGCUGGUCCUCUGGCUUUGGCCAGGGACAAGUUGGUCGACGGCUCAGGUGAGCCUUUCUUCGUCCUUAACAGCGAUGUUAUCAGCGAGUACCCUCUCGAAGAAAUGAUUGCUUUUCAUAAAGCUCACGGGGGAGAGGCCUCUAUUGUGGUUACGAAGGUGGACGAGCCAUCGAAAUACGGAGUCGUGGUUAUGGACGAGACAGACGGUAAAGUAGAAAGAUUUGUGGAAAAGCCCAAACUUUUUGUAGGUAACAAGAUCAAUGCAGGUAUAUAUCUUCUAAACCCAUCUGUUCUUGACCGGAUUGAGCUGAGGCCCACUUCCAUCGAGAAAGAGGUCUUCCCCAAGAUCGCAGCCGAGCAAAAGCUCUACGCAAUGGUGCUACCGGGUUUCUGGAUGGACAUUGGCCAACCCCGGGACUAUAUCUCGGGUCUCAGACUCUAUCUAGACUCUCUGAGAAAGAAAUCCUCGUCCAAGUUAGCCAGAGGUGAACACAUUGUGGGGAAUGUAAUCGUGGACGAGACAGCAAAGAUUGGAGAAGGGUGUUUGAUCGGACCGGAUGUUGCCAUUGGCCCUGGGUGCAUUGUAGAGUCUGGGGUUAGACUCUCUCGCUGCACAAUCAUGCGUGGGGCUCGGAUCAAGAAACACGCCUGCAUAUCGAGCAGUAUCAUCGGGUGGCAUUCCACGGUGGGGAAAUGGGCUCGGGUCGAGAAUAUGACGAUUCUCGGGGAAGAUGUGCAUGUUUGUGACGAGAUCUACAGCAAUGGAGGGGUUGUUUUGCCUCACAAGGAGAUAAAAUCGAGCAUCAUGAAGCCAGAGAUUGUCAUGUGAGGAACCAAUGGAAGAAGAAGAAGCAGUUCUUUUGAAGUGUGUUAUAGUUUUUGUGUUAUGUAUUAUAUGGCCUUUGCAUAAGCAUUGAGGGCUGUACUGUAUGGUUGGGUCUUUUACUGUAAAUCUUUGUUAGAGUUUGAAGUCAUUAUUAUUCGUCCGUUGGUAAUUUUUGUAACCUAUGAUCAAACAUUUUCAGCUAAAUAAUCAUAAUAAAAAAACACCCUCUGUGUUUUGCUCAA